AUGACCGUGAUGUCGGGAGAGAACGUGGACGAGGCCUCGGCCGCCCCGGGCCACCCCCAGGACAGCAGCUACCCGCGGCCGGCAGAGCACGACGACCACGAGUGCUGCGAGCGCGUGGUCAUCAACAUCUCCGGGCUGCGCUUCGAGACGCAGCUCAAGACGCUGGCGCAGUUCCCCAACACGCUGCUGGGCAACCCUAAGAAACGCAUGCGCUACUUCGACCCGCUGAGAAACGAGUACUUCUUCGACCGCAACCGGCCCAGCUUCGACGCCAUCCUCUACUACUACCAGUCGGGGGGCCGGCUGCGGAGGCCGGUCAACGUGCCGCUGGACAUGUUCUCCGAGGAGAUCAAGUUUUACGAGCUGGGCGAGGAGGCCAUGGACAAGUUCCGGGAGGACGAGGGCUUCAUCAAGGAGGAGGAGCGCCCCCUGCCCGAGAAGGAGUACCAGCGCCAGGUGUGGCUGCUCUUCGAGUACCCCGAGAGCUCGGGGCCCGCCCGGGUCAUCGCCAUCGUCUCCGUCAUGGUCAUCCUCAUCUCCAUCGUCAUCUUUUGCCUGGAGACGCUGCCCGAGCUGAAGGACGACAAGGACUUCACGGGCACCGUCCACCGCCUCGACAACACCACGGUGGUCUACAGCGCCAACAUCUUCACGGACCCCUUCUUCAUCGUGGAAACCCUUUGCAUCAUCUGGUUCUCCUUCGAGCUGGUGGUGCGUUUCUUCGCCUGCCCCAGCAAGACAGACUUCUUCAAAAACAUCAUGAACUUCAUCGACAUCGUGGCCAUCAUCCCCUAUUUCAUCACCUUAGGCACCGAGAUUGCUGAGCAGGAGGGAAACCAGAAGGGCGAGCAGGCCACCUCGCUGGCCAUCCUCAGGGUCAUCCGGUUGGUAAGGGUUUUUAGAAUCUUCAAACUCUCCCGCCACUCUAAGGGCCUCCAGAUCCUGGGCCAGACCCUCAAAGCUAGUAUGAGAGAGUUAGGGCUGCUCAUCUUUUUCCUCUUCAUCGGGGUCAUACUGUUUUCUAGUGCAGUGUACUUUGCCGAGGCGGAAGAAGCUGAGUCGCACUUUUCCAGUAUCCCCGAUGCUUUCUGGUGGGCGGUGGUGUCCAUGACCACCGUAGGAUACGGUGACAUGUACCCUGUGACAAUUGGAGGCAAGAUCGUGGGCUCCUUGUGUGCCAUCGCUGGUGUGCUGACAAUUGCCCUGCCCGUACCUGUCAUCGUGUCCAAUUUCAACUAUUUCUACCACCGAGAAACUGAGGGAGAAGAGCAGGCUCAGUUGCUCCACGUUAGUGCCCCUAAUUUAGCCUCUGACAGUGACCUCAGUCGGCGCAGCUCCUCCACCAUCAGCAAAUCUGAGUACAUGGAAAUCGAAGAGGAUAUGAAUAAUAGCAUAGCCCACUUUAGGCAGGCCAAUAUCAGAACUGGCAAUUGCACCACAGCUAACCAAAACUGCGUUAAUAAGAGCAAGCUACUGACUGAUGUUUAAAAAGCCAAGCAACGCAACUAAAAAGCACCCCCACUUAGCAGCUUGAAAGACUUAAAAAAACCAAACCAAACCAAACCCUGAGUGACCCAGGUCACUCUUUGUAGAUACUUUACUAAAUAGUCUUUGAAUGCUCUGUUGAACUGUCAAUGCAUUUUUGCAUUGCCAAUCUUGGGGGGUGGCGAACCUGAAGCUUUCCGGAGCUAU